AUGACUAUCAUACCCGCAGCCAAGUCGCGCGAACCUUUAUUCACAAAGGAAACUCUGGGGACUUUCAGCGGCGAUGUGUAUUUCAGUCACCUGCACAAAGACGAGCACGUAUCAAUCCUUGACGUCAAAUUUUCCCCAUGUGCUCGGACUCAUUGGCAUAGUCAUGAGAAAGGCCAGCUCCUGGAAAUAACGACUGGAUCUGGUUGGGUGUGUGAGAAAGGACAGGAGCCCCGGAGAGUCCGAGCUGGCGAUACUGUUUGGUGCCCCCCCGGCAUAGUCCACUGGCAUGGUGCAGAUGAAAGUAAUUCGAUGAUCCAUCGGGCUAUCUCAUUUGGGGGCAUGGAAUGGAAAGAUCCAGUGUCAGCAAACGACUGGAAGGACACCCAUUAA